AUGGAUGAAUCAAUUAUAAACCACUUGUUUCUUCCACAUUACCUACCAUCUUCUGCUGAUGAUGAUUUUUUAAUUAAAUUCAACCAUCAAGAUGAAUACAUCAUGCUACAAUAUAUGAAAGAAUAUUUGAAUGAUAUUGAAUUGAGAAAUGAUGCUAAUAAGUUAUCAAUAUUUCGAGUGUUUAAUGAUUGCAUUGAACAAUGGUCUUUCUUACAGAAUCCUCGAAACUUUUCUGAAUCAAAUAUACAAGCCAUUACUGAACAACUACCACCAGGAAGUUUUCUUCCAUUAUAUUUCCAUGCUCAAAAUGCUACAAUUCUCAUUGAAAUUGAAGAAAAUAACAUUGAUCAACCAUUAGUUUCAUCAUGGCAAGUUUUACUACCAACUUCAGAUAUUACUUCUUCUCUGAUUCCUCAUGUUGCUUUCUUUCCAGUAACAACUUACAGAUUGAACAAUCGAUCUCAACUGAGCUCCAAAGUGCACUGUGAAUUGUUGAUGGAUUUUAUGCAAAACACGAUUGAAUACUCCAAAUCUUAUCAAACUUCUCGACAAAAAAAUCAAAUACAUGAUGUACCGGAAUCUCAUUAUGUAUGUCAGUGGUGGAUUCAACAAUUUCAAGGAAUUCAAAUCGAAAACAGCUCCAAUAUGUCCAUUCAGUUCAAGAAAAAACAUCGUGAUCAUAUCAGAUGGAAUAAAGCCAUGGUACCUUUUCGACGUUCCGGCUUAUGGUUGACUAUCAAAGUCGUGCUUCAAAUCAUUCUAACUAAACGUUUGGGGCAUGCGGGCAUCCUUGUUUAUAAAUUAUUGAUCACUGAUUUUCUAACAUAUGUUAUUUACAAAACAUAUACGACAAUCUAUACUGAUUUAUUAGUUCACUGUACUCGAAAAAUUGUACGACGAUUAAAUAAAAUCGAAAAUUUAUUAUCGUCUAUAAUAUCAAAUGAUGAAAAGCAAUGGAUACAAUAUACGAAACAAGAAAUACAAAUGAAAAUCAAUCAAAUUAUGCCAAAAUCAGAUUGGCAAAAAUCUAUUCAAAUUAAUGAAGAAACAAAUCAAAAAUUAUCGAUGACAAACUUCAAAUUUAUUAAACGUAAUAUUUAUCAACAUUUAUGCGAAAACUUAAAAGCUUAUCUAAAUCAUCAAAACUUCGGCCAAACAAUCACACUUUUGCCAGGAAUUAAGAAAUAUGAAGUGCAUAGUAACGUUAUUCAAGAUGAUUACAUACCAUCGAUUAAAGAAUUAACAGAAAAAUUCAAUUAUACUAUUGAAAUAGCUUUGACUCGUAUGGAAAUUUGGGUGGAAUCAUAUUUAAACCAAUGGAUCAAUAGCUCAAAAAUAUGCUUAAGCGAAAGGAAUCGACUUGAAACUUUGUUGAACUUCUUCGAAGAAUAUCAGAAUGUAGCAUUAAAUCAUUAUUGGUCAGAAAAUGGUCCAACAGAUCCUAUGGGUUAUAGUCGAUUUAUUCUAACGUCAUUGACAAUUAUUCAGUCAAUACAUCAAAAAUUAUGUAAUGAUUCAAGAUUCGAACGACUUAAAUUACAUUCUAUUGAUAUUCCAAAUCUUAUGAAUUUGUUCGAAUUUUUAGUCGUACCAAAUCGAGAAAAUAUGAUUCGAGUUCGAAAUCUCAAAAAUUAUUUUAGUAAAUUCAGUCAUCAAAAAUAUCCUGAUCUUUUAUCAACUAUAAAUUGCGUUGAUUCAUUCGGUGUGUAUUAUGCCUCUCAGUCACCGGCGAUGAAUGAAAGUAUACAGAAAAUUAGAGCUCAAGCUGAAUCGGAUAAACAAAAGAAAAUACAGGAAGUCAAAGAUGCUAAAGAAAGAUACACGCGCCUUAUGAAUUCAAUCAAUGGCCGUUCUUGUACAUGUAGUUAUAGGUAUGGUUCUCGUCAAACAUGUAAUACAUGUUCAAUUCGAGAACAAGCGAAUAGUAUUCAAGUGAAAAUUUUCGAAUGUCCAUUACCAUCCAACCGCGAAAGUGCAUUAGCUGUUAUUUUUGAAUUACAAAUGCCCAUUGAAAUUCGAUAUUAUCGUGAUAUUAUCUGGCAAUUUGUAAAUCGUCCAAAACCACACCCAAAACAUAAUAUGCAUGAAUGGUUAAGUAUUCUUCCUCAUAAAAAUAAAUUAACGCCAUUUUUUAUUGGCCCAAAUAACUGCAAAGUGAAAUUGGUGUCUUCCAAUAAUUCUGAAACGCAAAUUCGUGAUUCAUGUCCACCAUCGAUUGCCACUGACUCCAUCGAAAAUUUUUUGUACGAAAAUAGUUUGACUGUUCAAAUCACACCGACAAAUCCAAUUAGAUUCGACGAAGAAUGUCGUAUAUUAACACCUCAACUUGAUCAUCCAGAUUACAAAUCAUUACAAUUUACAAUAAACACUACCAAAUUUGUACAAAAUAGUGUUAUUGCUAAACUGUCUGAAUGUCCAGGACGACUCAAGCCGAUUCAAUUUAUAGAAUAUGGUUCAUUUAGAUCAGGUCAUCGUUUACAAUGGUGGAAUCUCUUGGCAAUAUUUGAAAUGGACUCAUUGCCUAUUUCUGAAGAAAGUGUAGUCAUAUUGAUUAUGCAUUCAAUAUUGCAAUACGGUCCACAGACAAUGAGCGUUAAUUCACUUUGUAAUUCUUGGUGUUCAGAAGCCCAUGAACAAAUAUUAGAAGAUCAUUUUAUUGAUGAAUUGAUUAUAAGAUUAGAUCGUCGUCUAGAUGAUUGUGAAUUAAAUUGGCAAAAUGAAUUGGUAUUAGUAGCUAUUACGAUGAUUACUAUGAGAAUGUUAGCCAUUUGUAAUUCUACAAGACAAGAUAAAAUAGUUGAUUUGGCAAUGAAAUGUCGUAGAAUCGGUGAGAAAUGGAUUGCUCUUAUUUCAGAGAAUAUUCAAACCAUAUUGCCAUCAGCUUUUGAUAAAACGGAAAAACUUCGUUUGAAAAUUGUAAUUAUUGGUAUUUCAUGCAUCUUAACAUUUUCGACCGAUUCUGAUCGAUUACAGUAUUUAUUGUCAUCGAAUGAACAUAUUGUAUCUCUACUGAAAUCAGCAACUACUAUUCACGAUAAUAUUAUUCUAAACAAGAAUCAAUCUAAUAUGAGUACAUUUGUGAGAAAUCUUAUGAGAUUUAGUGAACGUAUCUUAGUUAUGGUACAACCAACAAUUGCUAAAUUUCUUAAAGACACUGCCUAUCAAAGUUUAAAUGAGUUUGCUGCGAUCUAUUGGGCUGUUCUAAGAAGGAAAGGAACUAUGAAUGGAAAAUGGAAAAAACGAAAACAAGAUCCCUAUGAUGGUUGGUACGAUUGUCGAUAUGAAUUACGAUCUAUUUCGAUUGAUUGUAUCAGAGGAACCUUUUUAGUUGAUGAUAUGGCCAUUGGUUUUUUACCUGAAAAAAUAACAGCUAAUGAAUUAUUUGUACGUUUAUUUGAUUAUCAUAUUUUUGAAGUUCAAUUAGCUGAAUCACCUAAUACUUAUAUUACUAAACAUUCAUAUCAUGGCAAUGGAAGAGUUCAAUAUGAAUUUUAUUUCAAUGAUCAAACCAAAUGUUUGACAAUAAAUGAACGACAUAUACAAACAGCUGAUACAUUUCAAUUAAUUGCUCAUACUUAUUUUCAGAAAGAAUUACCCGACAUAUUUGUCUCCAGACAUAGUCAUUGGAUGAACAUAAAAACUCAGAUAGUAGAAUUUCGACCUAUUCAUUUUAAAGAGCCUGACUUUUUAGAUAACAAACCAUAUAUUUUAUCAUUGAAAACAGGAUAUGUUAUUACUACCGUAGCAAACAAUGUGCAAAUUUUGAUCAAUCAAUCAUCAACAUUCUUUCAAAAAUUAUUUGACCGUUACUUUAGUCGUCUCGAUGAUAAACCCUAUGUUUACAUGAUGAGCGGCAAUAUCUCUCAGACUGAUAUUAUUAUUUACAUUCAUUUAUCUCGUUUAGGCAUUGCUUUCGAAUACAAUUCUUCAACCAAUAUCAUAAAAUCUCGUGAAUAUUCAGAUAUGUGUAUCGAUAAAGAUCAAUGGUUAGGAACUUUGACAGGUUUAAGGUUUGGUCUUCUCUUAUCACCAUUAUCAACCAAUAAUUACACAUUGAAUCAUUAUCCGUAUCGAAAAUUGAUUGUACCAUUUGGUACUCUUCAAAGUAAAAUAAAUUAUUGCACGAACCACCAAAGUGUUACCAUAGACCGAUCCUCUUCAAUAUUGUUUCCUCAUCAAUAUUUCGUUUUUAUUCUCAAUGAUCGAUUAAAAAUACUUCAAUCAACAGAUAGUCCAACUGGAUGGCUCUAUUUAGCAUUGUUACAUGCAAUGACUUCUCAUCCUUUACCCGACCAAUAUACUGGAAUGACUGGAAUGGAACGAGCCUUUCAAUUAUUGAACUCCGCUGGUUGUUGGUCAGACCAACCUUUUGAUGAAAUUUCUUUAAAUAUUCUUUGUCAAAUUGCAUCCAUUUCUCCGAAGGUUGAUUAUUAUCCAGAAAAAACAACUAUUAUAGAAAAAAUAGACUGGAAUUCAAAUGGUUUACCAUAUUCGAUGCAACAUUUCGGUUAUUAUUUAAUAGCAAAAAAACUAAUCGACAGUAGUCAAAUAUUCAAUUUUAUGUAUCCAUCAUUGAAAUCAUAUAAAACUCCAGAAUUAUUUCAAGGAAAAAUACAAAAUGAACUAUUAUUGAAAAAACUAUAUUGGGACUAUCGAGAUUCAUAUAAUCCUAUAGCGAGAUUAUCUGUAGAGAUGGAAGCUGACAUCUUGUGUACUAAAGCAGUGAAGGUAUAUAAUCCGACUGUCAAUCGUUGUUUACAUUCCACUAAUUACAGUGCUACUCGUCUUGUAGAUGAUCUAUAUAAUAAUGGAGAUGUAGAUCUUAGAGACUGUUCGAAUCAGCAUUGGUUACCCUUAUCUCAAUGGCUGACUGAUAAAAAUAAAUUGAAAAAUAUUUGGAUUGGUUUAUUAAAAUUAGUUGACCGUAUUAAAACAGUAGCGACUGGUAAUCAUACGGACGAUGUUAAACGAUUGGAAGGCUUGUUAGACUUUCUUCAGUAUAUUUCCGUUAAACGUAACAUCAAUCCAUUUUAUUUGCAAAUGUUAAAAACAGCUUUGAAACUUUCUACCAUAUCGCUAAGAUCUGUUGAAUUUCCUCCUUUUAUUCGUCAUUAUUAUAUCGAACGAAUUCGAGUUGUAAAUGAGAAUGUCUAUCUUUCAGAUAAUCUUACUUCACGCCAACAAAGCAAAAUUUUAGCAAGAAUUCGAGACUGUUUUGAAUGCGGUGAUAGGUUUGAAGAUUACGACGACCUGUUAACGUAUGAUGAAAUAAGUGAAAUCAAUGGAUCAUUACAAGCGUGGUGGUCUAACAAAAAACUUCGAUCUUUUUUAGAAACCGUUCAACGCCUCAUUUGGUCCGUUCCGAUAGAACAGUUUGAUAUCAAAGUACCAUAUCAUGCUCAAAAAUUUGCACGUGAACAACUCGACGAUCACUAUCAAAUACAAAUCAAACCUAUAGAGAAAUCAGUCGAUCCGAUACUUUUACGAAAUGCUGAACAAAAAUUUCAUGAUUUCAAUUCAGAUUAUUUUAGUCAAGCACCUAACUCUUCUCAACGAACUGAUCGACAAAAUGCAUUUCCACAAGAAAUUUUUCCUUCUGUCACCAAACAAGACUAUGCUCUAAGCGAAAUUACUAAUUAUUUUAAAAAUCAAUUAUCUCAAAGUUGGAACAAAUUUCUUUCGGACAGCCAAUAUGGAAAAGCAUAUCCUUCAAUUAAAAAAAUCAUUCAACUUCUCGAUUCUUUUCGAGAAGAAUCCACAAAGUUCUGGAAUGAAUUAUUUCAUUCUAUUACAUUGUACAAUGAACAAUUAUUUGAAACAGGUCUCAUUUUAAGAAUUACACCAACAACUCUUAUACCUCUAUUUCAAGAAAAGAAUUCAUAUAUUGAAAAAUCUUUAUCACUUAUAUUGACUAUCGAUCAAUGCACAUUACUUGGCGGUAUUAUUGUCAAUUGGACAUUAGAACAGCAACUCGAAAGAACUUUGCAUUUUGCUAUUGUUGAAAAAUGGGAAGAUUUUAAAAAAGAAAUAUCACAUAUACCACAUUCAAAUUGGAAACCAUCUGAACAUAUUUCUUGGCUUAUUUUGGAAUUAGAAAUGAAUAUAACCAUACGUGAAAUACAAAUAAAAGUAGCACAACAUAUGAUACAACCAAAUAUGACAAUAGAUAAUUCAACAGUACGAAAUAUAGUGAUGCAAAUGAAUAUGGGUGAAGGAAAAACAUCAGUCAUUUUACCAAUGUUAGCUGUUAAUUUAUCUUCAUCUAAUUCCAGUUUAGUUCGUAUUAUAGUACUUAAAUCAUUAUUUCCAACAAAUUAUCAAUCAUUACGAUAUAAAUUAGGUGGUUUACUUAAUCGACGUAUUUUUCCAUUUACAUGUCGUCGUGAGAUGAAUUUCAAUACUGUACAAAUAAAUCAAAUUUUUAAACGUUUUCAACAAAGUUUAAGUAAUUGUAAUAUUAUAUUGACAUCACCAGAAGAUAUUCUUUCAUUUGAUUUACUUACUAUUGAUAAAUGUCGACGAAAUGAAUUUGAUGUUGGUCGUUCUAUGUUAAAAGUUCAACAAUGGCUAAAAACAUAUGUUCGUGAUGUAUUAGAUGAAUCAGAUGAAAUUUUACAUGUUAAAUAUCAAUUGAUUUAUACUGUUGGUAGUCAACAACAAGUUGAUGGAGGUGCAGAACGUUGGAAAACUAUUCAAACAAUUCUUGAAUUAGUUAAAAAACAUGCUGCCGAGAUUUCAAAAUGUUUCUGCGAAAAUGUUUGCUAUAAACCAUCGGAACGAAAAAGUGCAUUUCCACAAUUUCGGUUACAAUCAAAUGAACCAUUUUCAUUACUUUGUCAAAAAAUUGCACAUGAUUGGAUCGAUAGUAGAAAUUAUCGUUAUGCAGAUAAACAAAUUAUAUUAUCAUUUAUUUUAGAAACACAUUUAUCAAUUGAAUCUCUCAUUGAUAAAUUUCCAUGUCUUGAUAUUCAAUUAUUUCUCAUUAUUCGUGGUUUAUUAUUAUCAGAAGUUUUAUUAGUUGCUUUUAAAAAACGAUAUCGAGUUAAUUAUGGUGUCAAUCCAAGUCUUACUUUUAAUCGUUUAAUGGCUGUACCAUUUCGCGCAAAAGAUGUUGCAGCCGAUAGAACCGAAUUCGGUCAUCCUGAUGUUGCUUUAGUAUUGACACAACUCUCGUAUUACUAUUCAGGUUUAAGUGAUUUACAAUUAUCUCAAUGUUUCAAUCGUUUAAAUGAAGAAGAAACUGAUCCUACAUCAAUUUAUGAUCAAUGGAUUUUAUAUGAAGAUGAAAAAUAUAUAUCAAAAAGUAUUCAACAAUGGAAUGGAGUUAAUUUAAAAGAUUAUCAACAACAAAUUGAUUAUCUAUUUCCGACUUUUCGAUAUAAUAUGUUAGUUAUUAAUUAUUUUCUUAAUCAUUUUGUAUUUCCUCGAGAAGCAAAACAAUUUCCACAUAAAUUAGUUGCCUCUGUUUGGGAUUUAUCUUCAUCUUUACGAUCAAAAAUAAUCACUGGAUUUAGUGGAACUAAUGAUACACAAUUAUUACUUCCUAUUCAUAUUCGACAGUAUGAUUUACCAGAACUUCAAAAAACAGAUGCAAUUGUCAUUAAUAAUUUAUUACAAAAUGAAAAUGAAAAUUAUCAAAUUUUACCAAUUAAUGUCACAUCAGAAAAUAUUUUAAAACAAAUUGUAGAUUAUCAAGAAACCAUCAACGUUAUUUUAGAUGUUGGAGCAUUAUUCAUCGAUGGAACUAAUCAAGAUAUUGCUAUUAAAUGGUUAAAACUAUCUGAUAAAAAUAAGAUUGAUUAUGUUGUUUAUUUUGAUUCUGAUUUAAUUGUUGUUUGUGAUCGUCAAUUUCAUCGUUAUCCAUUUGUAACAUCUCCUGCAAGUGAACGAUUAGAUCGUUGUAUAUUCUAUUUAGAUGAAAUUCAUACUCGAGGAACUGAUUUUAAAUUUCCUAUAAAAUUUAAAGCUGCUGUAACAUUAGGAAAUGGUUUAACAAAGGAUCGUUUUGUUCAAGCAUGUAUGAGAAUGAGAAAAUUAGGUAAUGGACAUUCGUUAACAUUUUGGAGUUCACAUGAAGUUCAUCAACAAAUUAAAACAUUAAAAACAAUAUCUCUUAUUAAAAAUCAAGAAGAUAAUAUAAAUGACUUGAUAAAGUUGAUUGAUAUUCUUCGUUGGGUCUAUGAAAAUACGCAACAAUCAACUUGGGAUGGUCUACAUCAUUGGGCUUCACAAAGUUUAAGUUAUCAAAGAAAUGUUUCUGCAUUUCGACAUAUUAAGUGGUAUGAUGAUCAACAAACGUUUACUGAUGCAUUGAUGAAAGAUUUAGCUAACGAAUGUUCAGAUUCUGAAAUAAUUGAACUCACAAGUAUGUAUGGAGCUUCGAAAAAAUUGCAAACAUUAUUUGAAAUUCAUCUUAAUCGAUAUGCACAAACUUCUCAUCAUAUAUGGAAAGAAAUUAGAGAUGAAAUAUUAAAACGAUUAAAAGAUUAUGGUGGAACAAAACAACGUUUAUCACAACUAUUAGAUGAAGAACAACAAAGAGAAUUAGAACAAGAAUUAGAAGAAGAACGUCAACUAGAACGUCCACCAUCUGUCACCCCAUGUGAACCUAUACUUCAUGAGGAUAUUAAACGAUUGUGUGAUAUAGAUAGUGCUAUGAUGAAUCUAAUAGACUAUCCUCAUGUAUUUCGUAAUAUACCAUAUGCUUUUAUUGAUACAACAUUUCUUAAUGAUUGUCAAGCGCGUAAUUGGGAAGAAAAUUUUUGGAUAUCAACUGAAUUUCAACGUGUAAUUGAGACUAAAGGAGAAUCAUUAAAUCCAUUUUUACGUCCACCACGAUGGAUUAUUAUCUACCGUAACCAGCAAUUAAUUUUUCUUAGUGCUUUAGAAGCCAAUUGGUUGAUAGGUCGUUUAAACUCUCUUUAUCACAAACGAAAAUCUAACCAAGCAUCAAUCACAACAUUACGCUUAUUGUUACCACGUAUUAAACGUGUCCAAUCAGUUUUUGUUAAUACACCAUCUCUCACAAUCCCCCCAUUAAUUAAACAUUCGAAUGAUACUAUUCCAUUCUUAAUACCACUCAAAUGGUUGGUUCAAUUAUUUAUUUUUAAUGGUACUCUUUAUUUUGAAACAAUUGAUGAACAAACAGCUUAUUGUCAAUGUUUAAGUUUAUGUCCAAAACCUCGAACAAGAGAACAAGAAGAAGCAUUUAAAAAAGGUUGGAUCAAUGUCGAUGGAUUUGUUCGUAAUACUAAACAUCGUCGUCAUUUGAAAAUGUAUAAAGUUCGAUUCGAUGAUAAUCUACUACCAUUUGUCAAACAAAUAAUUGAAAAUCGAAAUAGUUCACAUGCACCUAUGACAUCACAUGUUGGUAGUAUUAUUCUCAAUUCCCUUAAACUAAUUCAAUCUUUUGAUGAUUGA